AUGGACACUUUUCGAGUCCGGCUCAACUGCGUUGACCAUUAUCAAGCCGUCCCUACCACAAUCGAUCCAGAAGUUCCCACUGCACAUGAGAAAGAAGAACAUAAAUCGACUGAUAGACCGAAACUCCCAGUCAUCAGAGUGUUUGGUGCCACCGAGACUGGCCAAAAGGUGUGCGCCCAUAUCCAUGGCGCAUUGCCUUACCUAUACAUCAAGUACAGCGGUAGCUUAUCAGCAGAUGAUGUUGAACCAUAUAUCCAUCAGCUCCGGCUAUCUAUCGACCUUGCGCUUGCAAUCAGCUAUCGGCGUAAGACGGACAAUGGUACCACGAAAUUCGUUGCGCACGUUAGUCUGGUCAAAGGCGUGCCAUUCUACGGCUACCACGUGGGCUAUGAAUUCUUCCUCAAGAUCUACAUGCUCAAUCCGCUUAAUAUGACUCGUCUAGCAGACCUGUUACGUCAGGGUGCUAUCAUGAAAAGAGCUAUCCAACCCUAUGAAAGUCACAUGCAAUAUCUUGCGCAAUGGAUGUGCGAUUACAAUCUCUAUGGCUGUGCGUAUAUUGACUGCCGGCGAGUUCAUUUCCGGAGUCCGGUACCCAGCUACCUGGAAAUGAAUGGGACAGCGCACAAGUGGCAUGACGAGGCAAUCAAGCCUACCCUCAUCCUGGAUGAUGGUUUGUUUCUAAGGCAAAGCCAUUGUUCUAUCGAAGUUGACGUUCAUGUCGCAGACAUUAUGAACAGAGGCGAUGUAAAGCAAAGACCUAUUCAUCACGAUUUUAUAGAAAGAUUUGAACCUCUUGCAAAUGACAAAAAACUAGUCCAGAGCAUGGCGGGCCUUUGGCGUGACGAGACUCGAAGGCGUAAAGCUAGGAUUGGUAUAGUCGAUCCUGGAAGCAGUCCGUUUCCAGCAGAGGUUCUUGUCUCGGUCUCCGCAGAUCCCAGAAAUUCCCAAGCAGGUGGGUGGAUACACGAAGACGACUAUUGGGAAAAUGCUAGAGGCAUUGUCGCUAAAGAGAAAGCUAAAGGUGAUGGAAGCAAGCUUGGCUUCCGCGGAUUUGUGAAGAGAGUGCCCUUUGAGACUCACGUAAGAACGGCGCUAGAAAGUGUCGAAGAUCUGUUCUUCGAGAACUUGAAACGCUCACGAGAUCUCGCACAAGCAACCCAGAGAAGGAGAAAGACUGGGAUGGAAAAGGACUUCUACGAUGUUCCGCAAGUAGAUGAAAGUCGGCUGUCAUCUUAUACCGGCAACAAUAAUCCGAAUGGGUCUGAUGGAGACACGUCUGCGGAUCACGUAGCAACGGGUGCUGAAAGCCUGCAGUCAAAGGAUGACAUCAGGGUGGCAGAUGUGCAUCAUGGAGCACCGCGAACCAUCGACCCUGCUGCGGUUGGCUCUUCAACAAAGAAUGCCUCUUGUUCUGAUACAAGCACAAAAGCGGCUGCUAGCUCUGCAGAGCUGGAGGGACUUGGUGUAUAUAGAGCUGGCCGCAAUCCUUAUCAAAGUGACACUUUUGAUAUAGAUCAGGACUUCACAAGUGACGUCUCCGGAGGGCAGGUCGAAGACAUGGCUGUAAACGGAGAGCCACUACCAAAAAAACAGAAGAUAAAUGUCGAAGAGCAUGAUAAUUGCUUCAACGCCUCGAACACACACUCGAAACACCCAGUAUCCGGGUUUGUAGAAACCACAGGUCCACGCCCGAUUGCCAAUGUAAGAGCCAAAAAUCUGUCGAAUAGUAGCCUCUCUGCUGGAUCAUUCCAAAAUGACCUAAUAGCAAGAUGUAAUCAACGUGAAAACAGCCAAGCACCAGGGCUUUCGGCGAAUGGAAAGCUCGCAUUUCCUAUCAUCAAGAACCUUCACGGAGCCUCAACUGUCCGAAAAUGUUCUCAGCGAGUCAAUUCUUCGUCCAAAUCCUCGAAGCAAUCACCAGCACAAUCCACCUUUGAUUUGCAGGCUGAUGCACCGGCGCCGGUAAGCAAUCAGCUGAGAGAUGAAUCGACAGCCGUGUCUGCCGCACAACCAAACAAGGCGCCACAGGUUCUUCAGCUUUGUAAGCAAAUGCACCAGAGCUUGCCUAUUAAAAAAUCAGAGCGAGUACUAUGCUUUCAUCGUCUUCCAAUGACCGCUUCAGAGCUUCAGGUAGAUAUGAUGACGUCCAAUACCGCUACAAUUCUAUACUCUGAUGCAUAUUAUGGUCGCGAAAGAGACGUUCCUGAGCGUCCCAGGGAGUAUGCGGGGAAAGAAUUCAAGCUCGUAGGUGACACUACUGCUUAUUUACCUCAUUUUGAUCCUACCGGGAGUUCACUAGCUACUCACGGACUGAGAUUGCCCCUGACAGUUGAUAACAGCCUGGAGGGAACAAUCCAGAAAAGAAUUCGAAAUGGGUGUAAUCUGCGAGUGUGGGAGUUUAAAGAGCCUGCGCCGAGCCGUGGAGAGGUCCAGCGAUGGCUCAACGACAAUCAGGAGGGACUAUCAGAAGCCUCGUUGAAAGCCAAUGUUGGUGACAAGCAUAUGUCCCAAUUUGGCAAUCCGACUCAGAAAAACAAGCAUGGCUUCAAAUAUUUGCAAAACCAUGCUACCAGCGUUCAGCACGAAACACAGUACAUGAGUACGAUGAGUCUCGAAGUGCAUGUAAACACACGGAGUAAUCUUGUACCAAAUCCCGAGCAGGAUGAAAUCUGUUGUGUAUUCUGGAGUCUCCAGACGAAUGAUGAGAGCUUGAUCACAGAUGGUGAGAAUACUCCGACAGGAGUCAUAAUCUUCUCACACAAAGACGAUAUUGCACGACAAGUCGCCCAGCAGACGCCAAUCGAGGUUGAGGACGAGUCUUGUGAAAUCGAUCUGAUAACUCGUACCGUCGAUAUCGUUCGCCGAUUUGAUCCUGAUAUUUUGACUGGCUUUGAAGUUCACGGAAGCUCCUGGGGUUACUUGAUAGAGCGAGCAAGACGCAAAUACGAUUACAACCUCUGUGACGAGUUCUCGCGCGUAUUGUCUGACGGUCAUGGUCGUUUUGGUAAGGAUGAAGACCGUUGGGGCUUCAACCACACGUCUACCAUCCGUGUUACUGGGCGUCACAUGAUCAACAUCUGGCGUGCCAUGCGGGGUGAAUUAAACUUGUUACAAUAUACAAUGGAGAACAUAGUAUUUGAGCUCUGUCAUCGACGGAUACCCCACUAUAGCUUCGCAGAACUGACGUCGUGGUACACUAGUGGGAAGCCACGAGAUAUGGCGAAAGUACUCGAGUAUUUUGUCUCACGCGUUCAACUGGAUCUUGAAAUACUUGAACAGAAUGAGCUGGUCCCGAGAACCAGUGAGCAAGCUCGGCUUCUUGGAGUCGAUUUCUUCUCCGUCUUCUCGAGAGGCUCACAAUUCAAAGUAGAGUCUCUCAUGUUUCGAAUAGCUAAACCAGAAAACUUGCUUCUUCCAUCUCCCAGUCGUCAGCAGGUCGGCCAGCAAAAUGCACUAGAGUGUUUGCCUCUGGUCAUGGAGCCUCAGAGCGCUUUUUUCAAUAGUCCGCUGUUGGUUCUGGAUUUCCAGUCGCUUUAUCCAAGUGUCAUGAUUGCUUAUAACUAUUGCUAUUCAACAUGCCUAGGCCGAGUGGUGGACUGGCGUGGGCAGAACAAAAUGGGUUUCACAGACUACCACCGACAGCCAAGGUUAUUGGAGCUUCUUGGAGAUCAGAUCAACGUAGCGCCAAAUGGUAUACUAUACGUGAAGCCUAGGAUCCGUAAAUCUCUGCUAGCGAAAAUGUUAAGUGAAAUCCUGGAGACUCGAGUCAUGGUGAAGAGUGGUAUGAAGGUAGACAAGGACGAUCGAACACUACAAAGGCUCCUCAACAACAGACAGCUAGCCCUCAAACUCAUUGCUAACGUCACCUAUGGCUAUACAUCUGCUUCAUUUUCUGGACGAAUGCCAUGUUCAGAAGUAGCGGACAGCAUUGUGCAGACAGGCCGGGAAACCCUCGAGAAAGCCAUUGCUUUGAUACACUCUGUAGGGCGCUGGGGCGCUGAAGUCGUAUACGGGGAUACUGACAGUCUCUUUGUCUACCUCAAAGGGCGCACCAAGGACGAGGCUUUCGACGUGGGGCAGGAAAUUGCCAAAGCUGUGACCAACAUGAAUCCGCGCCCAAUAAAACUCAAAUUCGAGAAAGUGUAUCAUCCUUGCAUUUUACUUGCCAAGAAAAGAUAUGUUGGCUUCAAGUAUGAGAGCAAAGAUCAGAAGCAGCCGGAUUUCGAUGCUAAAGGCAUUGAGACUGUGCGGAGGGAUGGCACUCCUGCAGAGCAGAAGAUCGAGGAAAAGGCACUCAAGAUCCUUUUUCGCACGGCAGAUCUCAGCCAAGUUAAGCAGUAUUUCCAGAGCCAGUGCGAGAAGGUCAUGCGUGGUAAGGUCUCCAUCCAGGAUUUCUGUUUUGCCAAAGAGGUCAAGCUUGGUACCUACAGCGAUAAAGGCCCACCCCCACCAGGAGCGUUAAUAAGCACGCGAAGAAUGCUGGAAGAUCCUCGGGCGGAACCACAAUAUGGCGAAAGGGUGCCCUUCGUUGUUAUCACAGGUGCACCUGGCGCGAGACUGAUCGAUCGAUGCGUUACGCCAGAAGUGGUCUUACAUGACGACAGCCACGAGCUAGACGCUGAAUACUACAUAAGCAAAAAUCUCAUCCCGCCUCUCGAACGCAUUUUCAACCUUGUUGGGGCCAAUGUGCGCCAGUGGUAUGAUGAGAUGCCGAAGUACCAACGCAUACGUCGAGUUGACGUGACGCCUCUGGUGAGAGGUGGCGAACAAGGCAUGCUGAAAAAGACACUCGAGUCUUACCUCAGAUCAUCGUCUUGCCUUGUCUGUGGUACAAGGCUUGAACAAGAGGUGGGAAUAUGCAGUUCCUGCUUUGAAGGUGGAGAAGGGUCCCUAUUCGUCGUGCAAGCUCGAUUAAACAAGAUUGAGACGAAAGCAAGCAACUUCGAGAAGAUCUGUCGGUCGUGUGCUGGCUUAGCCUGGGGUGAAGACGUCAAAUGUGACAGUAGGGACUGUCCUGUCUUCUAUUCUCGUACGAAACAGAUAUCUCGGCUUAGAAAUUCAAAAGCAUUGACGUUGUCAGUCACUGAAGGCUUGCGAGGCUCGAAGGCGAACGCAUUGAAUUGCAAUGAGUUCCCAGGGGUUCUAUCCCAAGCCUCAGUGGCCACGAUGAUGGGGUCACCGCUCGACCUGCUCUUUGCCUACCUCCUCGGGGGCGUCACAUUUCUUCCCGCCUGCCUGGUCGUCAUUCUACUCCAUGCCUACCUCACGUUCCCGACACAUGAAAACGUCGAUGCACUAUCAGCUUCAGCUCUGAAUGAACUCCAGCUACCAGAUGAUGACGCGCGCAAUCUCCUUUCAAGUCAGAACACUGAGAACCUAGCCGCCAAAUUUCAGGGAACUCAUGAACCUGACGUUGCGGCUGGAUACUUUGCUGUGUGUCGAGAGUAUGUUCCCGGUGGCGUCAAUGGCAAGCCACCUGAGCGAACGACGCCUGCCGGCGCAGUUGUCGCUACAGAGAGUCCCAGUGUCUAUCAGAGCAUGUACAGAAGCAUUUUCGACCGGAGGCAACCACCUACACUUGACUCAGGAAGGCUUAAUGGAAAGGCCGUCAAGAGAGCUAGGAACGUCUUCUUCGUUGUCUUACGGCAUGGGCAUCUAAUGUUGUACGAAGACUCGGAACAAUUGGAAGUCAAGCAUGUGAUAUCGCUUGAAUAUCACAAUGUUAGUGUCUAUGGUGGAGACGCAGAGAUAGCGGAAGGGGAACUGUGGAUCAAGAGGAAUGCUAUUCGAUUGCUGCGGAAAGUCAGUAUAGGGGAAGAUGCCUCUAAGCCCUUUUUCUUCUUCUCGGAGAAUUGUUCGGAAAAGGAGGAUUUUUAUUUUGCUCUACUAAAGAACCAGGAGGUAAAAUCAAAUGCAAGAGACAAUCCACCUCGCCCGUUACAGUACGAUCCAAGGCAUAUCAUCGGUCUUGUACAAAAGCUGCACUCCUCCGAGGAGCAAUUAGAAACCCGGUGGGUUAAUGCCUUAGUUGGUAGAUUAUACCUCGCUCUGUACAAAACAGCAGUCGUAGAGGAAUUCAUCUACAAGAAGAUCACGAAGAAAAUUGCACGGGCCAAGAAACCUGCCUACUUGUCAAAUAUCAUUCUACAAAAGAUCGAAAUGGGAGACAGCGCUCCUCAGAUAACGCAUCCUCGACUGAAAGAUCUCACCAUCCAUGGUGAUUGCUGUGUUGAGGGUGAUUUGAACUACAAUGGUAAUUUCCGUCUUGAGAUCGCAGCAACAGCUCGUUUAGACCUGGGUGCGAGGUUCAAAGCUCGUGAAGUCAACCUCGUCUUAGCUGUCGUCAUUAAAAGAUUCAGUGGCCACGCAUUGCUGAAAUUCAAACCACCGCCGAGCAAUCGCAUUUGGAUCUCUUUUGAACGCAUGCCAGACAUGGAGUUAGCUAUCGAGCCUAUCGUGAGCUCCAGACAAAUCACGUACGGCUUGAUCCACCGAGCCAUUGAAAGCAGAAUUCGGGAGGUCGUCGCAGAGACCUUGGUUUUACCCCACUGGGACGACAGUCCUUUUAUGGAUUCGACUCUCCAGGCUUUCCGAGGUGGUAUUUGGGCAGAUCAGACAUCGAAUUCUGACUUGCAAAGGGAUUCCACCACAAUUCCAGAUGAGUCUCCAGAUUAUGAGGCUGGUAUAGACAAUGACGGAUCUGAGGUUCCUCCACUACAGCACCUGAACGACGAGCGAGUCAUGAGCAUGCCGGUCGUCUCCAAUCGUCCAGGACACACACAGGCAUCGAGAGAAAUCACCUCUUCUCAUGAUCUACCCCCAGAUUUCGCGGAAGUAUCUACGCCGGAUUUACCAAAAGGAGACAGACCUCCAAAAGCUCUUAGGUCCAAUUCUUUCGCCUCGGCUGCAGAUCCUUUAUUGAGCAAUGCCAUUGCUGAUUCCGUAAGGCAUAGGAAGGGCAAUAACAAGAAAUGGAAGGAAGAUGCAGCGAGUGCUAUGGUUGCGAUCUCCAACCGAUCACGCCCCACUUCUCCAGGUGAAGCCUCGGGCCAUGCUUCCCCAAUUAUGCAACCUUCAUUGGAAGGGAAGGUAGACAUUAACGACGUGCCGACCGUAGAGGAGUGUCUAUCUUAUGACGGUGUGCUUUCGCCAGAACGUGUCGUUAAAACCCCGGGUUCUUCCACUCCCAGGAGUUCAGGGUCAACGUCUAACGGCUCUGAGGUCGAACCAGGGGCUUCUAAACCGGAAGUGAAGCAAGCCACAGUGACUAUGAACACAUCUGCUAAUAGAAAUCAGCCGGUCGCUGCACUUGGAGCCGCGACAGCAGCUGCGAAGAAAUGGGGCUGGGGAGUGCUUGCUCGAGGUGGGGAUCAGAAGAACGGAGAUCAGAGAUUGCAUAUACCGCAAGCGGGAACUCCAUCUAAUCCAAUUGGGCGCGGGCAGCCUCUGCCUCCUCCAGGUCAACCUCUGCCGUCUCCUUCUAGUCAGCGUUCCAAAACUUUGCCACCUGCAAGGCCGAAACGAAAGCCUCUGUCGUCCAUUCAACCAGCGCCUAACAACGAGUUUAGGUCUCGUGCUGAUUCCAAACCGCCACUGCCGGCUCGUCGGAAGCAGGCUCCCUUACCGGCGGAAGAGGCACAGGCGGAAGGGCUACUCAUUGUGCAAGCUCCGUCAUCGGAACCUGCCAGUCCGGUUGAAGAACAUGAGAGGGCUGAGUCUUCCUCUGAAGUUGGGGGCGGCAAAAGUGCGCAAGGCCGAAAUGACAAGGAUGGGGUAAGAAAACGAAGCACGAUGGCGGCCGGUCAACCGGCAAGUGCCAUAGACGCGUCAAAAGACUUUGCAUUCAGCAAAGGCGCUGAUGUGUUCAAUAUGUUUGCGAGACAUAACAGGCCGACGGAGCCAAAUGAAAGUAGAAAUGUAGAACAAUGA